AUGAAAUUCUUAUCAAAAAAUGAGGCUGAGAACUUCAGCCAGCGCAUUUUCAGCCAAAAAAGUGGUAAUUGGUAUCAAAUAGCCUGAAAUUCAUUAGUGAAUUACUUAGUUCAGGGUUUUAAACCUCAGUAUAGCUACAAAAUACCAUAUAAAAUCCAACUUUUAAUCGAGCUAAUCAGCAAUAGCACAGUCGUUUUCCAAAUAAUAUCUCUUUUCUGAUAUCCAGUGAAAACACCCCAAAAUUGAAAAGCUCAUUCAUCACUGUGAAAUGAUUUAAGUGUAUUCAACUAUGAUUAUAUAUGCAAAGUAAACGACCUUUACAAGUUUUGCUACUACGGACAAAUUUUUGUUAUUUUUAGUUCAGUUUUUGCCAUAAUAAUCGCAUGAGUGAUUAAAAGUAUACUAAAAAAGGUUUCGAAAAUUUUUAUUCGCUAUUCAAAAGCAAUUAUAAGUGUUUCUACAAGAGUUUCAUUGAUCCCUAGCUUAAAAAUUCUGCUUGUAAUUUUUAAAUACUCUGCAUUUGAUUUUUCAGAAGUUCAAGAAUAUAAAGACACCAGCCCUGAUUAUUACAAUUAUGGAUUAAUAGGUUUAGUAUUAUCUUUUAUAGGGUUCAUAUUGCUGCUUAUAAUAAAUUUUGCAUAUGAAUUACUUACUGCUGAUUUAAGACACUUUAAUGCAAAAAGAAAUAUAAGUGCAAGAUCUCACUCUUCCAUGAAUUUAUGAUGAAUUGUUUUUUGUGCAAUUGAAGUAACGCUUUACUUAUCUUUUGAUUAUGAGGAAGUAAUUGGCUUUAUGAUUUUUACAUUGAUUACGUCAGCUAUUUUAUUAUUAAAAUUUUUAUAUUUUUUGCCAUAUUAUAAUUCAAUAGAAAAUUCAAUUUACGCUAGUAAAAUAACUUCAGUAGCGACAGGCUCACUCUCAUUUCUACUUGGUUAUUUAUAUGAUGAUGCUUAUCCUAUUAUUUUUAUUUUUGUUUUUUUUACUCCAUUUGCUAUUAUUUUACUUAUUAUUUAUAUUAUCAAAAGGCACUCAAAGCUUCAGUUUACAAAAAAUCCUUACUCAAGCCAAUAUAAUUAUGAGAAAUCUAUAAGGCAUUUAUUGUCUGACAAGCAUUGCAAAAAUAUAGAAGAAGUUAUUGAGAUGCUUUCACAAUUUUCAAACAGCCAGACUUGCACAGUUGACGGACUUUUUGUUGUAUGGAAAGCUAAUUUUUAUAUUGAUAUUGCUAACUCUCCCUCUCCGCAAGAGUACAAAAAAUUUUGUUUGCUCACGCAGGGUUAUUUUCUAAAAAAAAACACUAUAGAUAAAUUUUAUAAUAAUUUCAUUUUUUCAUAAUUUAAAAAAAAUCGAAUUUGUAUUGAGAAGUAAAGAUUAAAUUAAUUUGUAAAAUUUAUGUUUUAAAAUGCAAGCUGUUUAAAAUUAAAUAGAAUUACUAGAGGUUUAAUUAUCACUUAUAUAUAAUUUUUUUCAUGAAAAAUUUUUGUUCGUUUAGAGAGGGUGGUUUUUGGGCAAAAAAAGGAAUUUUUCUAAUAGUUUUGUUUGCUCACGGAGGGGGGAGUAAGGAUGAAAGAUUAGCAAUGGUAAAACUUGCUCAAAUUAAUAAUUUCCAAUCUAAUCUUGAAGGAUGAAUUCAAAAAUAUAGAAUUUCCAAUAAAUUUCAUCAGAGAGGAUUUACAAUUUUAAAGGAAAUUGAGUACUUGCAAUAUUUAAAAAAGCUUCAUUCUGCUAAAAAUAAAGACAAAGAGCUUUGCUAUAUUCUGUUAGAUAUUUACAUCGAAAUUUUAAACAAAAAUACUCGUAUUAUCAAGCUUCGAUAUUUAAUCAAAAAGUUAUAUUGUCUUACUAAAGAAAUAAAAGAAUUGUAUAAAUUUCUUGUAGAAAAUUAUAAAUAUCCAGAUUCUUUUGAAUUUUAUGCAUAUUUUUUAAUAAAAUUCUUAGGACAAGCAAAUGAAGGAAACAUUUUACUAAAAAGAAAGCAAAGCAUAAAAGAAGAUCCAAUUAUUGAUCAAGGGCUUGAGGAAUAUGGAGAAAAUAUUGGAGUUAUAUUUUUAUCAACAGAAAGUGAUUUAUUUGGAACAAUUGCUUUUAUAAACGCAAGGGCUUUAUCAUUGCUAAAAGUAUCAUCAUUAGAUGCUAUAGGUAAAAAUUUUGAUGAUUUUAUUCCAGCACCUUACUCUCUAAAUCAUAUUGAAAAAAUGAAAACUUUUUUGAAAUCUGCAACUAAGACAAUAAUCGAAAAACCUUUCUCUUUAUUUUUACAGGAUAACUUUGGAUAUAUUUUUGAGUGCAAUAUUUCUGUUAAGUUGACAGCUUUUAAAGACAAAGCUUAUUUUUUAAUAUCUUUUUCUCCCAUUUCUUCUAAUAGGCAAGUUAUUUUAAUAUCAGAAGAAGGGGAAAUCUGCAAUCAUUCAAGUCAACUCUCAGCUUUAUUAGGAUACCCAAAAGAAAGCAUGAAAAAUAUGCAUUUUCACAGUCUCAUAAAUGAACUUGAGCUGUCAGAUAUGGAGCUAUAUAAUCCAACUUUAAUUCAGUGCAACAAUCAUGACUUACUCCCCCUUCUGUGAGUGAACAAAACCAUUAGAAAAAUCCCUAUUUUUUUGCCUAAAACCCACCCUCCCUCCGUGGGUGAACAAAAAUCUUUUUAAUAGAAAAAAAUUUUAUGAAAAAAUUGUGAUAUAUAAGUGGUAAUUAGUAUAAGAUUUCUUUAUUCGCUCACAGAGGGGAGUUAGUAUUUAUUCACAUUACUGAAAAGGUAAAAUCAAUUGAUAUUCACUUAAUUUUAGUCAUUUCAGAUAACAAUGAGCAAGAAUUGUGAAAAAACAAAAAAUCAGAAGAGCAGUUAAGAUUUAAUGCAAAACAACUAUCAAAUUGCCCUAUUUCUCCGAAAAUUAACAGCAAAAGUUUACUUAAAAAAGAAAAUGAAACUUUUAGUGAAAUUAGUGAAUCACAUAAAGUAUAUUCGAAAAUCAAAAAUGUUUAUAAAUCAUUAGAAGAAAAUUUUGAAGUUCCGAAAUCUUUUAGCCAAGUAAACAAAAAUAUCUCCCCUGAACGUAAUUUUUAUAUAGAAAUUGCAUAUAAAAACAAUAAAAGGACAGCGUUUUUGCUUCAAAAAUUUCAAUGAAUUUUGUUUUUAACUGUAUUUUAUAUAUAGGUGUUCUUUCUGGUUGCUAUAAAUAUAGCCCGAGUCUCCGUUUAGCUCGGGCUAUUCUGAUAUCUCCCGAUAUCGAAUAGGAGCUGCUAAUAAAAUCUUAUUCCCAGAUGGUAAUCCACAACAUAUUGGAGAUUUAUCAUUGGAGAGUCAAUAAAAUCAACUCCCCAGGUAUCGGUAUAAUAUAGUAAAAAGGAGGCUUAGGCUAUAUUGGAAUUUUAGUCUAUAUUGUUGAUAAUGUAAGCAACUCGGAUUUAUCAGCAGUUUUUUCUACUCUAGGCAUUAAUAUUAAUUAUAGAUUAGGGGUUGAGAUAGUUCUCCUCGGUUUUCAGCUUGGUUCUUAAUGCUGUCUCGGAACCUUGGAUUAUGGAGGUUUUGGAUUUGACGGCUGUCUCCUGAGGACGAGAAUUCUAGCUAGGGAUAAAUUCCCUUGCUACUACCAACAAUGCCUUCUUCGUCAGCACUAGUAUUCUCUAGGAUGUCCAUCUGGAAGACACAGAGUCUUCAUUGCCAGACCAGACUAAACACAGCUGUUUGUAAUGUAAAUACCCAGUACCAUAGACUCCAUUUCCUGCUCGGUUUGGCUUCAGCGCGCGCAGCAAGGUCACCAACUUGAAACAGGUCAUAAAGAGGAGCCGGUGAGUUCGCCAUUUUAUGUGCGUGUUUUCAAUUUUAGGCAAUAUUGAAUUAAGUAUCGGUCUAGUUGCUAUCUUAGGAGAAACGAUUAAUGAUGAAGUUUCUCUAGGAAAAUUCAAUCUUACUCGCGAUUUAGGAUUAUUAUAUUGAACGUAUAAUCAUCUGAAUUUAGUUAAAACCGAAUUAAUGGAUGAUUUUCCAAAAUGAAGUAAUUGCCCUUGCUCUGAUAUUGUGACUGAAAAUAUUGUGCCAAUAUGGGAAUUCAAUUCAGGAGAAAUGCUAAGAAAAUACAAUCUAUAUGAUGCUUUGUCAAUGUUUAUUGAUUAUGUAUUUUAUAUUUAGACUCAAAAAUUAAUGAGCGAUGCCAAAAGCCGAAAAGGAUAUGAAGACGAUAUUAAAUGACUCAUGAUAAAUGGAGUUACUUAUUCCCUAAAAUAUGUUCACAAAGUAUCAAAAGAUUUAUUAGAAUGUGAAAAAAAUACCAAAAGUGAUAAAAGUAUGGUUAUUAAUGUUUUAUUUAUUAUUGGAAUUUUAAUUUGCGCAAUUUUUAUAGCAUUGCUGAUGGCUUUUGGCUAUUUUUUAAAAACUGUUUAUGAUAAGUUUUGAUCAAAUUUAAAAAAAUCAGUUACUUUGAGUUCUGAUUUUUUGAAAAGCACUAUUUUCGAAAGGCUUUUGUCAGUUCAUAGCCAAGAAUCUUACUUACCCCCCCCCCGUGAGUGAACAAAAAAAUUUUGUUCACUCACGGAGGGGGUUAAUUUUUUUUUUUUAAAAAAGUUUAUAUAUAAAUUUUAUAGAAAAUUCUUUUUAGAAAUUUUAAAAAAAUCCUAAUUUGCAAAAAUUGGGAAGCAAAUAUUAAUUUAAUUUAUAAAAUUUUAUGUUUUAAAACGCAAUUUGUUUAAAAUUAAACAGAAUUAGCUAGAUUUCAUUAUACUAGUUAUCACUUAUAUAUUAAUUUUUUUCAUAAAAAAUUUUUUCUAUUAAAAACGUUUUUGUUCACUCACGGAGGGUGUUUUUUUGGGGCAAAAAAUGGCGAUUUUUCUAUUUGUUUUGUUCACUCACGGAGGGGGGAGUUAAAUUAAUAUCGAGUUUAACGUCCCCUACGUGGUAGGCUAUUCCGAGGUCCACCGUAUCCUCUUCCGCACACCGGGCCCACAGACUGCUCUGGCCAAUCUGCUUUGAUCACCAGAGGGCGCACUUCCAAGUCACGUCACCGACUUCUACAGCUCAUGAGUGAUCGACUUCUCUUGAUACGUAAGUUGCCUGCUCAGAAAACCCAAAAAAUGAAUUUUCUGGCCGAUUCUAGGCAAAAAAGGGAGAACACGUGGCCUGGGACGUAAUGCCCAGUUUUCACGCUAGGGAGUUGCCCGAAUGGUCCAUUGGACUAUGCUGGGCUUCUCCUUUCCAACCGCUGUGCCUUCUCUCCCCCACGAGGUAAAAUCCAUCCCAGUGGUUAAGCAUGGAUAAGGCUCUGCCCUGCAGAAUUGCUUACCUCACAUUGUUGCUCAUUUCCAGAAUGGCAAAACCUUGCCGGAUAUAAUUAAAAUAUAUGCUCGGAAGCUGCGUGGCCAGAGGCCAUGCUAAGUGGAGACGCCUUAUUUUAAUUAUCAUAGCCAAGAUUCAAUUUAUUAUGAUACCUAUUACAAUAAUUCCAAAAAAUUAUCAAGCUAUCAUAUAAAAACAACCCUUGCUAAAAGAUUAUUUUAUAGAUUAAGCUUGAUUAUUAUCAUUUCUCUUUGCUUUUAUUUAGUCAUGAUAUUCUUUUUAUACAAACAAUGCCAAGAAUCAAUGAUAGAUCGAUCGAGGCUAUUGCAAAAUUUUAAGUUCAGAAGCAUUUUAAUAUCAAGAUUGGCCUUGUAUAUUAAAGAAAUAAAUGAUAAUUUAUUCUUAAAAUAUUAUCCAGAAUCUUAUGCUUUCACGGAUCCUUAUACAGAAUUUUAUAAAACUAUUGAUGAGUAUGACUUUGAAUAUAAAAAAUUGCUAUCAAGUAAAUGAGAUUAUUUAUUAUCAAAAGAUAUCAAAGAAAGUCUUUUUGAAUCGACAAAUUAUCCUUUGGCUUAUAUGAAAUUCGGGCUUAUUUCUGCCUCAGAGUUGGUUAUAAGUGAUUCAUUAUUUCUAAGCCGAGUUUACUCAGAUAGUCUAUAUUCGAAAUAUUAUAUAAGCACUAUUACAUUGCAAAGCGGUUUAUCCAGCAGCUUUACGCUAGCUGAUGCAAGCUCAAAAGAUUAUAUUGAUAGUCAGCUAAAUUCGAUGGUAUCCCUUACAAUUCUAUUUUCAGCUAUUCUCGGAACUUUAAGUUUGUUUUACUAUUUACCGUAUUUAAGACAAGAAAAGAAAUUUCUUGACAAAGCUUGCUUUUUGCUGGAAAUCAUUAUGAAUUCUAAAGAAAAUCAAGCAAAACUUACCUUAAAAUAA